AUGGCGUUCCUCAUGGGUCUUACAAUACCUGCCUUUUCCAUCGUAUUCGGAGAUAUAUUGGGAACCCUUUCGAGUUCAUCCACCGAUAAGAUUAAAGAGGAUGUACUCAUGUAUUCAAUGAUAUUUGUGGCAAUGGGUAUUGGGACCGGAAUCGCGUCAUUCCUGCAGAUUUAUAUGUUUGGCGUUUGUGGUGAACGACUGACAAUGAGACUCAGGAAAAUGGUAUUCACAGCGAUGUUAAAGCAAGAGGUGGCCUGGUUUGAUGAGCAGGCCAAUAGUACCGGUGCUCUGUGUUCCCGACUCUCAUCGGACGCCUCUAGUGUCCAAGGGGCCGCUGGAUCUCGUAUGUCGACCCUCUGUCAGGCUGUUUCCACUCUGGGCGCCGGUGUUGUCAUCGCAUUGUACUACAGU